AUGAUACGCCAACUUGGACUUCCGACAUGGUUUAUGUCAUUGUCUUCAGCAGAUACAAGAUGGCCUGAUCUUCUCAGAACCUUAGCUCAGCUAGAUGGAAAGCUGUGCUCAGAUGAUGAUCUUGACAAUAUGGAUUGGAGUACAAAAGCAAAAUUAGUUCAGAAAGAUCCUGUUACAUGUUCAAGAUAUUUUGACAAUAGAGUACAACUCUUUAUUAACACAGUCUUAAAGAGUGAACAUAAUCCUGUUGGAUGUGUUAGUGAUGUGUUUCGGAGAGUAGAGUUUCAGAACAGAGGUUCUCCACAUAUUCACAUGUUACUUUGGACAAGUGGUGCACCAAAAUUUGAGGAAAGCUCCAACCAAGACAUCAUUGAUUAUGUUGAUGAACAUGUCACCUGUUCUCUACAAAGUGAUGACACUGCAUUGAAAAACCUUAUAGAACUUCAAGUUCAUAAGCAUUCAAAAACAUGCAAAAAGAAAGGUAAGGCCAUUUGCAGAUUUGGAUUUCCUUUACCACCUUUGCAACAAACAAUGAUUCUGGAACCCUUAGAGGAAAAUGUUGAUAUUUACAAAAAGAGGUACAAUGAAAUUCAGCAAAAAUUGAAUGAAUACAAGGAUGGUUGUGAUUUAAACUACAUAGAGUUUUUGACAGAACUGGUGCAGAUGUCAGAAGAGGAAUAUAUUAAAUGCAUACGAGCUUCUCUUCAAGGACCAAAAGUAUUCCUCAAAAGAAGUCCAUCUGAGAUCAGAGUCAACUACUACAGCCCUUCGGUAUUAAAAGCCUGGAAAGCAAAUCUAGACAUUCAGUUUGUACUUGAUCCCUAUGCAUGUGCUACAUACAUUGUGUCAUAUAUAAGCAAGUCUCAGAGAGGUAUCAGUGAAAUCCUGGAACAGGCAUCAAUAGAGGCUUCAGAAGGCAACAUGGAUUUGCGCAGACAAGUCAGACACAUUGGAAACAAAUUUCUAAAUUUUGUAGAAGUCAGUGCCAAAGAAGCUAGUUAUUUGCUUUGGCAAAUGCCUUUAACACAAGCUACCAGAGAUGUGGUAUUCAUAAAUACUUCACCCUCAGAUCAGCGUGUUUUCUUAUUGAAGGGCAAAGAUGAACUUGACAGCUUACCGGACAUUUCAACUGACAUCCAAGCAGACAAUCAAAUUAAAAGAUAUUCCAAGAGACCAAAGCAGCUUGAAAACUGGUGUUUAGCAGAUGUGGUGUCGGAAUUAGAAUUGAAAUUCCCAGAAGAACAUCAUAAAAGGGGACAUUACUUCACAAACGAUGACAAUUUAGCAUCAAGCGAGGACGAAGGUCAUGAAACGUUCUCAGAGGGAAAUGUUUUGGUAAAACUGCGAAAUGGCAUUAUUAUCAGAAGGAGAAAAAACAAAAAAGUGAUCAGAUAUGUCAAGUACAGCCAGAAAACAAACUCUGAAAAUUAUUACAGAGAGAAAAUUAUGCUUUUUCUGCCUUGGAGAAAUGAAGAAAAAGAUAUACUAGGUGGCCAUGAAACUUUUGAGCAACAUUACAACAGUAAAGCCAAUAUCAUCAAAGCAAAACAGAAGCAAUAUGAACAUCAUUAUGAAGAACUUGAACAGGCAAGACAACAGGCUGAAGGGGAAAUUGAAGACUUUGAAGAAAUUGCUCCAAAUACUGAGUAUACAGAAGCUGAAGAUGAAAUAGCAGGAACCCACCCUUCUGAGGAAUUUAUUCAUUUUGAUCCCGACACACCUCACCAUAGAGAUUACGAUAUUGGUCCAGACAUUGGAUUGCCUGAGAAAACAUCUUGUGUUGAAAGUAGUCUUGUUCGCAUGCCUGAAGAUCAAUAUUACAAAUUGUUACAGUCUCUCAAUAACAAGCAAAGAGAAUUUCAUGAACAUGUCACACGAUGGAUUCGAGACAAAGACGAGCCAAUAUAUGCGUUUCUUACUGGAGGAGCUGGAUCUGGGAAAUCUGUUGUCAUCAAUGCUUUGUAUCAAACUCUACAUAGAAUACUUUGCUCUGAGGAAGGAGAAAAUCCAGAUGACAUCAGAAUUCUGCUCUGCGCUUUCACAGGAAAAGCUGCUUAUAACAUUAAUGGUACAACUAUUGCUUCUUCCUUUCGUAAAAAGAUGUAUCAGACCCAGCAAAACAUGUAUGCUGAUGAGCUAAAUACAUUCAGAACGAAGUACAGAAAUCUGUCGGUAGUAAUCAUAGAUGAGGUGUCUAUGGUUGGGAAUAAGCUCAUUGCGUUCAUCAAUGAAAGACUUCAGCAGCUAACAGGCAGAAAACAAGACUUCGGUAAUAUUAGUAUCAUUGCAGUUGGUGAUUUAUAUCAGUUGUCGGCAGUUGGUGAUUCAUGGAUUUUCAACAACCUUUCUUGUCCUGGUCAAGGUUUAGCAAAGAACUUGUGGAAAGAGCAUUUUCAGAUGUUUGAGCUUGUUGAAAUAAUGAGACAAAAGGAGGAUUGCAGAUUUGCUGAAAUUUUGAUUAGAUUACGUCAAAAUGAACUGACAGCAGAUGACAAAAGUACUUUACUUGCUUGUCAGAUAGACAGAAAUUCAUCAAGUUAUCCUAUCACGGCACCACACUUAUUCAUCGAAAACAGACUUGUGAACGAGUUCAACUCAAAUCUGAUACAAAACUGCUCUAAACCCAAAGUGAAUGUCAAGGCUGACACUGAUGUUUUAUCCCAGACAAAACUUCUACCUGAAGUAAAGAAAAGAAUGAUUGAAAAUUUGCCCGAUAACCAAGUAAAUACUGGUCAACUGAGAGGAAAUCUUACUAUUGCAGUAGACAUGACCUAUGACAUAUCUGUCAACAUUGAUGUGAACGAUGGACUGACAAACGGGUCUACUUGUAUGGUAAAACACAUUCAGUUUAAGGAGAGUCCAAUCAGGCCUGCUAUUGUCUGGGUGUUGUUUGGAGAUUUAAAGAUAGGCAAAUCUUGGCGAAAUCAGUACAAGCAUCUGUAUUGUAAAGAUUUUGACCAGCAAUGGACUCCAAUUUUUGAAACCAAAAGAAUGUUUAUGUACAAUCGAAAGACCUAUCAAAGAGUACAAUUUCCAUUACAACCAUCUGCUGCAAAGACUGUACACAAAGCACAAGGGGCUACGCUAGACAGUGUAGUGGUUGACUUAUCACAGACAAGAUGA